CGCAUGCCCAACAUGUAAGACACACAUUCCUGGCAGAGGGAGAAUUUUUGCCAAAAACCCUGUGAAAAAGUGAAACUCUGAAAUUUAAAAUGCAGUGAUAUUAAUCAAGAUAUUCUUCUGUGUGUUAUGUGCAGAUUUAAGUAGUUUACGGAAAGAAAUAGAUACACCAGAGAGUUGGUAAACUUUUCGGUAAGUCAGUGGCAUUUAACUGUUAAACGGUGAGCGAUACUCGUAUACCUAAAUACAGUGUUAUUCUGUCUUCACAAUGGCGGAGAUCUCUAAAAAACGAUCACUGGACAAAACAGAUGAUACGGGUGAAUUGUCAAUGGAACAAAAUGAACAAGGUAAACAAAAAACUGAAGGUUUUCAACUUAGAGAAAUUAUGCAGGGCAUUUCCAGCAUACAGACAACGCUAGCUAAUUUCAUGUUACGACUCGAUGGUCAGGGCAAGCAUCUAGACGACAUUACAAAAGAAAUUAGAGCGAAAAACGGUAUUCAGGAGAGGCUAGAGAAUGUCCAGGAGCAGGCCAAUGAUACUAUCUACCUCGUAACAGAGUUGCAGGACAAUCAGAAGAAAAUGGAGAGAGAAUUAAAUAGACUCAGGGACUACGUAGUUAAGCUUGAAUAUCGUGUGAACACGCAAAAUAAUCAAAUUAUCGACCUCAAAUCAAGAUCAAUGGAGAACAAUAUUAUUAUCAGUGGGCUGGAGGAAAAAAGUCCAGAGAGAAAGUCCCCGGAAAAUCUUGCUAAUAUUCUUAGAAAUGUUUUCAUGUCUGAAAUGGGGAUGGAAGAGGCAACAGUUAACGAACUCCGAAUAAACAAACUUUUCCGCAUGGGAGAGUAUGAUGUACAAAGAAAGUUCCCGAGACCCAUCUGUGUACAAUUCAGUGAUAAGACACAAAAAGACCUUGUGAUGAAGCAUAUUAAAGUCUUGAAAGAAAAAGAAUCAGUUAUAAGAGUAGCACAGCAGCAGCCGGAAGAGAUCCGAGAGAGGAGAAAGCAACUCUACGAAGUUCAAAAGAAGUAUGCGGAACGCAGUAUCGAGUCAAAAAUCAAGGGUGAUAAACUUGUAUUUACGCAAAGCAACUCCGUUUACCGGGAAAAAGUCGGACCUUUGCCUACCGCAGACGAAGUAAUCACAGAUGACGUGGCAAAUACUGCCGUUAGUACAGGGAAGUCCAUAGAAGAUAACGGGAACCGGUUCAUAGCACACGCUACACAGGUCGACUCCUACAAACAGAUCAAGAAAUCGCUGGUGGAUAUCAUGCGUGUUGAGACUGUGCCAAGCGCGAGUCACAAUAUUUACGCCUACCGUUUCUCAAGUAGUGAUGGAGUGGUGCACGAAGGUUCAAAUGACGAUGGAGAGCAUGGAGCCGGUAGGUUGCUAUUAAAAACGCUGGCCGAUAACGAAAUUAACAAUGCACUUGUAGUUGUGUCAAGAUGGCACGGAAAUAACAUCGGACCCCGUCGCUUCUCGCACAUUAAGGAAGCAGGUCUCGGUGCGGCAAAGAUCGAAGUUCCAGUCUCAGUUUGA